ACUGUAUGGUUGUUACUGUAGCUUAGAAGGUGGGUGGAUUUCCACUGGUGUGGUGAGAGGAGGACAAUCAAGUCUCUGUGAAACAGGUCCCUCCCAUUUUAUAUGAUCAUAUUGAAGUGAAUCGGCUCAAAGUUCUGACAUCAACUGCAAUCUGAACCCUCAGAAUGAUGAUCGUAGUCUGUUUAGUGCUGAUGCUCCCAGUUGGACACAACCAGGAAUUAGUGACAGCGGUCGUUGGAGUUGGAGAGGAUGUGACUCUCACAUGUACCUACGACAUCACUAAGAACAUCGAAACCUAUUUUUGGAUAAAGCUCUUUGGAAACAUGCCGGUCGUCUUGGGCAAAGCAAACAGCUUUGACUAUUCUGAGGAUGGGGAUGUGUCUCGCAUCACAACCAAACAGGAGCCUGGAAGGUUUUCACUGAUUAUUCCGAAAACCGAAAUGAGUGACACUGGAUUUUAUUACUGCUUAAAAUCACAUAAUUACAAAAUCACAUUUAUUAAUGGAACAUUUCUGAGAAUUAAAGGGUCAGGUCCACAUGUCGCUGUGAUCAUUCAGGAUCCAGUUGAUCCGGCUCACGUUGGAGACUCAGUGACUCUCCAGUGUUCUGUCCUCUUUGACAAACAGAAGCAAACGUGUGUGGAGGAUCCCAGUGUUUACUGGUUCAGGGUCGGAUUAGAUGAGGCAGAUUCCAGUCUGGUUUACGCUCAUGGAAACAGCAGAGAUCAGUGUGAGCGGAGUCCUGAUGCUGCUUCACCUCAGAAAUGUGUCUACAGCUUCUCUAGGAACGUGACCCGGUCUGACGCUGGGACUUAUCACUGCGCUGUGGCCACGUGUGGAGAGGUUUUAUUUGGAAAUGGAACAAAGCUGGACAUAGACGUCGUCAGCAGCUGUGACUCACACAGAGACAACACAGUUCUGUUUCUGCUGUGUGUCGCUUUGGCUACAAGUCUUAUUGUUAUAAUCAGCCUUGUGUGUGUUGUCAUCAAUACCUCUACACAUUGUUGCAAAGGUAAGAAACGUUGCUCAUGAACAAAGUGAUGUCCUCCUUAUUGUUUUUUUUCAUUUGAUUUGUGUCAUGUUGAUGUGUGUU